GGGGUCGGGUCCCCUCAUGGGCUCGGGUCUGUCAGAGUCUCCCCUCAUGGGCCGGGGUUCCGGUCCCCCGGGGCAGGUCAGAACCUGUGUCCCCUCACUGACCAAGGUCCCUCAGGGUCUCGCCCUAUGGGCAGGAGUUUGGGUCCCUCAGGGCAGUGUCACCAAUGGUGGCAAAACCACCCUGACCAACAGGCUCGUCAAGGCUCUCCCCAACUGCUGCGUGGUCCACCAGGACGAUUUCUUCAAGCCACAAGAUCAAAUAGAAGUCGGGGAAGACGGCUUUAAACAAUGGGAUGUGUUGGAUUCCCUGGAUAUGGAGGCAAUGGUGAGCACGGUGCGGGCCUGGAUUGAGAACCCAGUGAAGUUUGCCCGUUCCCACGGGGUGAAUGUCACACCUGGCUCUAAAGAGCCAACUUCCCAAGAUAUCCAUAUAUUGGUCAUUGAAGGCUUCCUGCUUUAUAAUUACAAACCACUGAUAGACCUGUUUGACAUCCGUUACUACCUGGCGGUGCCGUACGACGAGUGCAAGAGGAGGAGAAGCACACGGAAUUACACCGUUCCCGACCCCCCCGGCCUCUUCGACGGACACGUCUGGCCCAUGUACUUAAAGCACAGGAAGGAGAUGGAGGACUGUGGUGUGGAUGUUGUUUAUUUAGAUGGCCUGAAGUCGAGGGAAGAACUGUACAACCAAGUCUUUGAAGAUAUUCACAACAAGCUUUUAAAUUGCUCAUAGGGUCUGGGAAGACCUGGAAGACCCAUGUACAGCCCGAUGUAAAUAAUACUUGGAAGUGGGAAGGAGGGUUUAUUUGUGGAAACUCUUCUCCCACUGCCCUUUGGCAAGUCCCUUCUGUAUAUAAUUGAAAACUGAGGAUAACUUAUUCCCAACCCCAUGGACAGGAUGGCCUUGGUGGGUUUUUUGGUUUUGUUUUGUUGUUGUUUGUUGUUUUUUUUUUUUAAUUAUUUUAUAUUCCAAAGAGAAGUUGGAAAAGCAUUUUUAUAGCAGACCAAGUAGAGCUGCGCUGGGAAAACAACAAACCUCCUGCUCCUGCAGACAAAAAGGCUUCAGGCAACGGCUUGUUUGUAAUAUCAUCUCUCAAAUUCAGUAAAAAUCCACUUAAAUCUC